AUGGAGAAGGACUCACGCACCGUUGGAAUCCUCGGCGGCGGUCAGCUCGGCCGCAUGCUCGUCGAGGCCGCCCACAGACUCAACAUCAAGACCGUGAUCCUCGACGCCCCCAACUCGCCCGCAAAGCAGAUCAACGCCCUGCACCCGCACGUCGACGGUUCCUUCUCCGAGCCCUCCGCAAUCCGCAAACUCGCCACCGAGUGCGACCUCCUCACCGUUGAGAUCGAGCACGUUGACACCCAGAUCCUGCAGGAGCUCGAGGAGGCUGGCAUCGUCGAGGUCCAACCAUCAUGGCAGACAAUCCGCGUGAUCCAAGAUAAAUACCUUCAAAAAGAGCACCUCACGCAGCACGGCGUCUCCACCGCGCCCUCCGUCCCACUCACCGACCGGACCCCCGCUGGUCUCGAAUCCAUCGGGCAGCAAUUCUCCUACCCAUUCAUGCUGAAAGCCCGCACACUCGCCUACGACGGCCGGGGGAACCACGUCGUUGCGUCUGCAGAGGCAGUACCGGCGGCGCUGGAGGCACUGACGUCGGGCGCGCUGUAUGCGGAGAAGUGGGUCCCGUUUGUGAAGGAGCUUGCGGUGAUGGUUGUGCGCAAGAAGGACGGCAGCGUGGUGAGCUACCCGACGGUGGAGACGGUGCAUGAGGAGAACAUCUGCAAGCUGGUGUAUGCGCCGGCGAGGGUGGGGCAGAAAGUACAGGAUGCGGCGAGGAGGCUGGCGGAGAAGGCGGUUGGGUGCCUGUGGGGUGCGGGGGUGUUUGGUGUUGAGAUGUUCUUGCUGCCGGAUGGCAACCUCAUGAUCAACGAGAUCGCCCCGCGCCCCCACAACUCGGGCCACUACACAAUCGAAGCAUGCCCGACCUCCCAAUACGAGGCGCACAUCCGCGCCAUCACUGACCUCCCGCUCCCCUCGCACUCAACCGCGCUCUCCACGCCCUCCACAAACGCCAUCAUGCUCAACCUCCUCGGCCCGCGCUACCUUACCGUCGCGCACGCCGCGCUCUCCACCAAAGGCGCCACCGUCCAUCUCUACGGCAAAGGCGCCGCCAAGCCCGCCCGCAAAAUGGGCCACAUCACCCUCCUCGCCGGCAGCAUGGCCGAGGCCGUAUACCAAAUCCAGCCGCUCAUCGACCUUGCCGACGGCCGCACCUCCACCACCCCCACCGCCGCCCCUACCACAAAAGCAGAGCCGAACCCCGUGGUGGCAAUCAUCAUGGGCUCCGACUCGGACCUGCCCGUGAUGAAGGCCGGCGCCGAGAUCCUGAAGCGCUUUAACGUCCCGUUCAUGGUGUCGAUCGUGUCGGCGCACCGCACGCCCGACCGCAUGGUCACGUUUGCGAAGGAGGCGCGCGCGAAGGGCAUCAAGGUUGUGAUUGCGGGCGCGGGCGGGGCCGCGCAUUUGCCCGGGAUGGUGGCGGCGAUGUUGACGCUGCCCGUGGUGGGUGUGCCCGUGAGGGGGAGCACGCUGGAUGGUGUGGAUAGUUUGCAUAGUAUUGUGCAGAUGCCGCGCGGUGUCCCCGUCGCGACGGUCGCAAUCAAUAACUCCACCAACGCCGCGCUGCUGGCGCUGCGGAUCCUGUCGGUGGAGGACAGCGAGCUGGGGCGGGGCGUGAGGAGCGCGCUGGAGAAGUAUGUGGACGAUAUGGAGAGCGAGGUGAUGGCCAAGGUGGAGAGGCUGGAGGGCGGCGGGUGGGAGGAGUAUGUGGUGAAGAAGUAG